CCAGACGAUCUAAGGACGACAAUUGUGUUUGUUGUUGUUCAGUGUGUUAGGCCUUACGAACGAUGGAUCAUCGUAAAUUAAUAUCGAUAUUUUAAGUGAAUUAAUCGAUAGGAAAGUUUUAAAAAUGGAUCAGAUAGAAACAUAAGAAGGAAAUUCGACUGGAAUGGCAAAUUGUCAAACUCUAGGUUGCUCUAAAAGGUACAGAACAUCAACGAAAGGGAACAGCAAUCAGGAUGGAUAAAUUUUUGCGUAAUUGUAUUAUUCUUCUCCUAUUGGCAAGAUUAGUACUUUUAUCCGAUGAUAUAGGAAUGACGAUUGUUCCCUCCGGAUAUAUUGUUAGAAGAGUGAACGACGAAUUGAACUUAACUUGCAGGGUUAAAACCGAGGAUAAAGUACACAAAUUUCUACCAGUAUGGAUGCUGCCUAUUAAAGUCGGAUCUGAUAAGUCGAGGAUUACUAUUUAUAAAACUUAUAAUGAGAUAUCAGUUAACAUUCAAGACUUACAGGAAGAGGACAGCGGUGUAUAUUCCUGCGAGGUUAACAGCACCGGUAUAGUUCUCAACCACAACGUUAGAGUUUUUGUUAAAGCGGGCAAAGAAAAAUGUUCAGAACAAUUCUUUCCCUGCGGCGGAGGAAUAUGCAUUCCUCGUCGUUACGUGUGCGACGGAUUUGCCGAUUGUCCGAGCAAAGCAGACGAGUCUACUCACGAAUGUGGGCAGGAUCCCUGUGAAGGAAAGAUAUUAUGCGACGAUGGUCGUUGCAUUCCAAAGCAAAAGUGUUGCGAUCACACGCUUGAUCCCGAUUGUCCCAUAGUUUAUACUAUACCAUGUUGUCACAAAUAUAUAAAUCAAGAUUAUAUCGGAUCGCCAACAAGUUCCGUGCAACAGCACCAUUAUAGUGAUAUCAAUUUUCUUCAAAGUACUAUAUACACAAUAGUGAGUUGUGCAAUUGCUUUUAUUUUUAUUACGACAAUAAUGGUCGUGGCCAUAUGUCGCAUCCACAUGCGCCGUUCCGUCAUGUCUCUUUCUUCUCGGAGAAAUCCUAUAGGAAACAAUAGAAGACUUCUCAGGUGGCCGUGGUAUCUGGGACGUCUACGUCGAAGAGGAAACGAAAAUUCUGAAAAUCCCUGGCAAACAAGAUGUCAAAUAGUGUACCCUAAUUUAGAAAAUGAAGAGACUUUGUUAGAUACUCAUCAGUAUCGUACACAGAUAGUUCCUUAUUCAUGCUCGCUUUCCACUCAUGGCAGCUUUAUUGUGACAUAUAGUAACUCGGAUGGUGUACAGUUAGUAGAACACUUACCGAAACCUCCACCUUAUACUGAAUCGUCCGAUUCGACUGUGCAUCUGUCUCCAUUCUCGACGAAUGGCAUUCCUCCUCCACCUUAUCGAAGUGUAGAAGAUUUACCCGCGAUUAACGGAUCGCAAUCGACUCUGAGUCCUCCGGAAAUCAAUUCAACGGAAAACGAUCAGGUUAUCGUCGUUCACAUGACGUCAUCUAAUGUUCCAUCUUUAAGGUUAGAAGAAACACUUUAAUGCCAAUAAUGAAACGUUGCCUUAAAUAUUAUUCAAUCAUAAAUCAAUACUAUAGUUUUUAUACAAUAGUGUAUAAUUUUUGUAAAGGAGAGAACGUAUCCGAACAGCUUCCAUAUUUUAAUAGGAGAAAAAAUAUAUAUACUUUAAUUAUCAAAAAUAUUUAAUAUAUCUGUAAUAUGUCACAUCUUAGAUCUGAUUUAGAUUGUUGUGUUUAAUAUUUUUCUAUAUAUAUAUAUGUGUAUAAAUAUUUACCAGACUCUCUUAAUUAUAAAAUAUGCAGCUUUGUGAUAUUCUUUUGAUGAGAAACCAAACCUGCAUUCGUAAUUUUAAGGCAGUUCCUCACGUUUGGUAUUUGCCAAUUGCCAAAUAAUUGCCAAAUUGUCCACGCUACUUGUUAUUGGCCAGAUGUUUGCUCGGCAUUCAGCAAAUAUCAAAUGCAGGGACCGCGUUUAAGGAAAAUAUGUUUGCAGGAUUGAAAAUGUCAGUUGAUUCACACAUUCUGUCUGUGAUCAUUUAGUAACACCGAGAUCUAUCUCUUUAUACUUCAAACAAUUAAUAGGAACUUUGUAGUCUUUGUUCCUGUCAAACCAUACUUUAAAAUUAAUUUUGGGGAGUAAAUAAUUAAUUCAUAGUAGUUAUUAACUAGCAUUAUUACGCGAACAUCUUUAAAAUCACACAUACACAAAAGGGCAGCAAGACUUGUUGAUAAAAUUUCAAAAACUAAUUCACUAAUUCAUUCUUAGAUAAAUUAUUAACAAAAUAUAUUUUGAUAAUACGAGAAUUUAAGUAUUUUUGCAUAGUUUGAAAGCUAUUUUCUCCACACAAAUCUUUAAAGAUCUGUCAAAUCGACUCAAAUAUUUACUAAUUACACCCAAUUGUCUAUAUUUGUUGUUUAUUUGUAAACUUGAUCUUAUUAUUUAUACUGUACCUGAACAGAUUAAUUUAUCAAUUUGUUUGUUCAAUCUGAAGAUAGUCUUGAAGAAUGUAUAUAUACAUAAAUAUAUUUCACUGAUUUCGUUAUAAGUCGAACAUUCUAACAUUAAAAUAUUUUCAUUAAACUUACAUUUAAAUACUGGGAGUUACAGUGUAGUGCUGAAAAUCUGGGCUAAUUAGCAUUCUAAGUAUUGUAACCUUCAAAUAAACUGUAAUUCUAUUUUAGAUGUUUUAAGUUCAAGCCAUUAGGAAUGUAAGAAUACUUACAAAGAUUCAAAAAAUAUAAUUUAUAGUAUAACUGUAAGCAAAUAUACUAAUUAUAAGGCGGAAAGAACAUAAUGAAAUUACCACCGAAAAGGUUCGUCUGGAUUCUACUGUCAAAAAAUUGAUAUUAAAUCCAUUUUUCAUAGCAGAAUCCAGAUUUUUAAACCUCCAGGUUUUCAGCACUUCACCGUAAUUCUAUUUAUUCAUAUAAGAAUCUCUUGUAUUAUAGAAUGCGUACAAAAACUAAUUUCAUCGCCUCUUGAUCAUUCAUUGAUCACUUUCUUUUUGUAAAUUUUUGCACUUGCAUUUAAAAAAUCUUUGUGCCAAGCAAGCUUACUUUAUUUUUCAAAACGUUUGAUACAUUUUCCAAACUCCAGCGUGCCAUCUCUCUUCCAAAAAAAGUCAUAGUUCAAAUAUUGUCUCGCUCACAUCAUUAUGCAAAGAAAAUAUCUCUCGUCAAGUCUUAGUAGAUAGAUUUUGUAUCGCACGACUUUAGCGUCAUUGCUCGGCAAUUAAAACACUGAUCGGCAAAAGUCCUCUAUUUUAAAUUAUUUAUGGCAAUUUUGUGUUGUAUAUAGUGCAAUUUAAAAGAGGUGUUCUGUCUCGUGCAGUUUCUCGUAUCGAUCGAAUAUGCAAUAUACAUCAAAAUGUUAACUCAUUGGCUUAUUUUUUUCUUUAUUUAAAUUAAUAUAUGAUUGCCUUUAUCUUUAUAAUAUAUAAAUUUUGUAACGUUGGAUGGGUUUAAGAGCAUAUUUAUUGAUUUUAAUAGUUUAAAUCGGUUCAGAAU